AUGAGUGUUCCGACUAAUCAUGCCAAGUUGAUGGGUUCUGGACCGAAGACACAGGUUGGUGGGCUCAGCCGUGGUGCUGAAUGGAAUGCGCUGGCUGCAAUGGUUAACAUUAGGCACAACGAUCGUCUUCGAGUCACCAACACUUCUAGUCCAGCCAAUGCACUCAAGCAAAGCAAUUCCGAGCGAUUGAGUUUCUACAAGGAACAAAUCAACCUUGCAAGUAUCAAGCAGGACGAACGAGCUCAAAUUGCAAGUACAGCAGCAGCAGACGCAUUAACAUUUGAAAAAGAGAAGUGGAAAACUCAGCAGGUACGCGAAGACGCAAAGAGCGCGUCUGAGGCAGCACAACUUUUCCAGAUUUCUCAGGCAACUCGUGAUCAUGAAGAUAAGAAAGCACAGCGAGAGGCGAUUGAGCGUUGUCGCAAGGAACAAACGCCCAUGGAAGAAAUCAAAGAGUACAUCAAUUUUCUUUUUCCACCUUCUGACAACGCUUAG